AAACGUAUUUAUUUAUUGAUCAACUUUAAAAACAAGUCUAACAACAUAUGCCAUUAUUAUUUGUGGUAGGGAGCUAUGGAUAUUCUACUGUGCAUUUUCAUGUUGGCUGUGGCGUCUUCAGAAGCCAUCAAACGCCAAUGGGCCUCUGAAGUUACAGGGUUUUCCUCACAAUACAACACAGGCGGGUUCUCUGCAAAACAGAUACUGGGGAAACCCAAUGUUUAUCCUCGCUAUGGUGAUUCCUCAGGGACAUGGACCCAGGCAAGUGGACAACUAAACGAAAAUCAGUUUAUACAGGUUAGAUUUCCAGAAAAGGUUUGGCUAACUGAAGUUAAUAUUUAUGAAACAUAUAAUGCCGGAACUGUCAAGAGAAUACUGGCGAGGGAUAAAGAAAACCAGUGGAUGGAAAUUUUUAAGGUUUUCCGUGUACAUCUCAUCAGAAAGGCUCGGAAAUUCUCACCCAAAUUAAAAAAAGUAAAUUUUCCUGUGAACGAGCUGAGAAUAGAAGUUGAUUGUUCCGUUUCUCCAUCUUGGGUAGAAAUCGAUGCAGUGGAAAUCGUUGGAGAAAACAAAGGUGAAUGCCCUGCACAGUAUAGAAAGAUGUGGGAUUCUUGUUAUCUGAUCAAGAAGGAUAAGGUUUCAGCAGACACAG